ACGCAAGCGCGCGCGCCGGCGUUCGGAGGACGUGCGCGGGCCCGAGCCCCGGGAGUUUGUUUUGGGCAGCCGGCUGGGCCGUACCCACCGCCAGGAUGCACGAUGCGUACGAACCGGUGCCGAUUCUGGAGAAGCUGCCGCUGCAGAUCGAUUGCAUGGCGGCCUGGGAGGAUUGGCUUCUUGUUGGUACCAAGCCAGGACAUCUUCUGCUCUACAGGAUCAAGAAGGAAUUGGGUAGCAACAAAUUUGAAGUCUUACUAGAAAAGUCCAACAAAAACUUUUCAAAGAAAAUUCAACAGCUUUAUGUGGUAUCACAAUUUAAGAUACUGAUUUCACUCUUGGAAAAUAAUAUUUAUGUUCAUGAUUUACUCACAUUCCAACAAAUUACAAUGGUUGCAAAAGCUAAAGGUGCUAGUCUCUUCUCGUGUGAUUUGAAGCGAACUGAUGGUGAUGAGCCAAUUCUCAGUAUGUGUGUAGCUGUGAAGAAGAAACUGCAACUCUACUACUGGCGUGGUCGAGAGUUCCAAGAAGCACAGGCAGAUUUCAGUGUUCCCGAUGUUCCCAAAUCCAUGGCCUGGUGUGAGAACUCCAUUUGCGUGGGCUUUAAAAGAGAUUAUUAUCUUAUCAGGUUAGAUGGAAAAGGUUCAAUCAAGGAACUUUUUCCGACCGGGAAACAACUAGAGCCUCUCGUAACUCCCUUGGAGGACCAAAAGGUGGCAGUUGGACAAGAUGACUUAACAGUGGUUCUGAACAAAGAUGGAAUCUGCACUCAGAAAUGUGCCCUGAACUGGACUGAUAUCCCUCUUGCUAUGGAACACCAGUCUCCUUAUAUCAUAGCAGUGCUGCCACGAUAUGUAGAGAUUCGUACCUUUGAGCCACGGCUGCUGGUACAGAGUGUGGAGCUGCAAAGGCCCCGCUUUAUCACAUCUGGAGGCACUAAUAUUGUUUACGUGGCUAGUAAUCACUUUGUGUGGAGACUGGUACCUGUUUCAAUUGCAACUCAAAUUCGACAGCUUCUUCAAGACAAGCAAUUUGAACUAGCUUUGCAACUUGCUAAAAUGAAGGAUGAUUCAGACAGCGAUAAGUGGCAACAGAUUCAUCAUAUACAGAACCUUUUUGCUUUCAACCUGUUCUGCCAAAAACGCUUUGAUGACUCCAUGCAGGUUUUUGCUAAGCUUGGCACAGAUCCCACUCAUGUGAUUGGACUGUAUCCAGACUUGUUGCCAGCUGAUUUCAGGAAGCAACUUCAGUAUCCAAACCCACUUCCGACACUAUCUACUGCAGAGCUGGAAAAAGCACACUUAGCACUUAUCGACUACUUGACCCAGAAACGAAUGCACUUGGUUAAACAACUGAAUGAUUCAGAUCCUUCUACCACUUCACCACUAAUGGAAGGAACACCGACCAUUAAGUCAAAGAAAAAGUUGCUCCAGAUUAUUGACACAACAUUAUUAAAGUGUUACCUUCAAACUAAUGUAGCUCUUGUAGCACCAUUGUUACGGCUGGAAAACAACCAUUGUCACAUUGAGGAGAGCGAACACGUUCUGAAGAAAGCACAGAAGUACAGUGAGCUUAUUAUUCUGUAUGAAAAGAAGGGUCUACACGAGAAAGCUUUACAGGUCCUUCUCGAUCAGGCAAAAAAAGCUAACUCACCACUGAAAGGACAUGAGCGAACUGUGCAGUACCUGCAAAGGCUGGGGAAAGAGAACUUGAAUAUAAUUUUUGAAUUUUCUCUUUGGGUCCUAAAAGCAUGUCCUGAAGAUGGAUUAAAGAUAUUUACAGAGGAUCUCCCUGAAGUGGAAAACCUACCAAGAGACAAAGUAUUGGAAUUCUUGAAGGAGAGCUUUAAGGAGCUUGCUACUCCAUAUCUGGAACAUAUCAUUUACAUCUGGGAUGAAACAGGGCCAGUCUUCCACAACUGCCUGAUCCAAUUGUACCGUGAAAAAGUACAAGCCCUCAUGAAGGACUACCUCAACUCUCUACCUGAGGAUGAUAUUCCUGUUCCUGCUGGAAUGGAGGAAGGGGAGUUGGGAGAAUAUAGGAGAAAACUGUUGGCAUUCUUGGAAAUCUCAACAUAUUAUCAGCCCAGUAGGCUUAUCAGUGACUUUCCAUUUGAUGGACUGCUAGAGGAGCGAGCUCUGCUCAUGGGCCAAAUGGGUUUACAUGAACAAGCCCUUUUUAUUUAUGUCCAUGUACUGAAGAAUAUUAAAAUGGCAGAAGAAUACUGUCACAAGCAUUAUGACUGGAGCAGGGAUGGCAACAAAGAUGUAUACCUCUCUUUACUUCGUAUGUACCUUUCACCACCUGACAUUCACUGUGUGGGGCCAAUCCGAAUGGAGGUACCAGAACCACAGGCAAACCUGCAAGCAGCACUGAGAAUACUAGAGGUGCACCACAACAAGCUAGACACUACAAAGGCUUUGAAUCUGCUUCCUGCCAACACACAAAUCCGGGAGAUUCAAGUAUUUCUGGAGAAUGUUCUUGAAGGAAAUGCUCAGAAACGACGCUCCAAUCAAGUUAAGAAAAGUCUUCUUCAUGCUGAAUUCCUUCGUAUCCAAGAGCAGAGGAUUUACCAUCAGGAGGUGAAAUGCAUCAUUACCGAAGAGAAAAUUUGUCGAGUCUGCAAGAAAAAAAUAGGAAACAGUGCCUUUGCCCGUUAUCCCAAUGGUGUUGUGGUCCAUUAUUUCUGCUGCAAAGACCGAAAUGUUUGUCCCACAGAGACGUGAAUGUGCAAGCUCAUUUGAAAUGCAGGAAUCUAUUUGCUGUCUAGAUAGACAGUUGGAAAACAUGGAGGCUUGAGAAGGCGCCUGCCUUUCACUGAAGGAGGAACAACUGUUGGACAAAUGGCACGCACACUGUUACACUGUUGGCGUUAAUAAUUACAUUAAUAAUUGUGUAUAUACUGGCAUGUUGGCUUUCCGCUUACAUUGGGGUAUUAGUGUAAAACUGGAAGCUGUUUCAUGUGUAAAGUUGUAUAGUAAACUUGUGCCACUUUAUGAAAGACAGUUGCACUCCAUGAUGGUAAACCCCAGGGUAUGAAAGCACUGUGCUCUGAAGUACUUUGUUAGAGGGGCUGUUGACUUUUAGCCUGACCAGGGAUUAAAUCUCUUCAAAGCAAGAAGACCUUUUGAGUAUUGUUCUCAUUUACGUUAUAUCUUGUUUAAGCCCUCUGCUCAUAGCACUUCUGGUUUGUAACACCCUGAUUUUUAUUUCCACGUGAUAUUUGCUUUGAGUGUGUGCCUUCAUCAAACAAGAAAAACUAUGAAACUCCCAAAAGUGUUGCAUUGCACAGAAUAAUCUACUUACCUGUACUGUGCUCCAUUUGGAGUUCGUCCUGAUGCUAUAAAAUACAUUUAAUGAUCUUUCUAUUUAAGAUCUUGAAACUGUAAAUGUUAAAUUUGGGUAAAUAUACUUAGAACCCAAAAUUUUGAAAUGCUGAACAUUUCUUGUAUGUCUUACCAUUUUGUAUUUUUUCACUUUAACAUCCAACUUAAUAAAACAACAGUACAGAAUCA